AUAGAAUUUUCGUAUUUAGAUCUAGAUCUAUGUUUACCAACAUGAAAUAAAAACUAGAAUCGAAACAACAAAUGAAAGCCAUGCUUUAAUUCUGAUAGUGAGACUCAGAGCUGAUUAAUUUAAUAAAAAUGUCAAACUGUGUAGUUUGUAGUAUUGAAACAAAGAAAUACAAAUGUCCUCAGUGUUAUGAGAGAUAUUGUUCUUUGGCUUGUUGCAAGACACAUAAAGAGCUGUGCACUAGAAAACCUAAAGACUCUUUACAAGUUGUUGCAGUGCCAGCUUAUGAGGAUAAUGGGCACGUGCCCUAUGUUCAGCAUGUCCAUGAAGCUUUCAGAAAUGUAGUGGAUCAUGCUGAUGAAGACAAAGUACCAGAGGAAUUACUGAAGAGACUAGGUGAGUCUGAGGAAGUGAAAUCUGUGCUGGUCAAUCCACACCUCAGAGCCAUGAUGGAAAAUCUGGUCAACACAGAUACACCUGACAUCCUGAUGGCCCAAGCCAUGAAAGAACCUAUUUUCACAGAGCUGGCAGAUCUUUGUCUGAAGAUUGUGGACGCAGACAAUCCAAAUCUGGAACCUGUUGGUUGAUGUAUUCAAAAUUGUAAUAUUUUUUUUUGGUUGAUUAAUGUUUAUGCUGUUUUAUAAAUUAAUGUAUCAAUUAAUGUUUAAAUGAUUAAAUUGUAAUAAAGAAUUGUUUGUGUUAA